GAUUAGGAACAGGAUUUAAAGAUGUCGGUGAUUAGACAGAUAGCCGUGUUCCUGUGCGGAUUCGUGAUGCUUCGCAUGUGCGAGGCGCAAGUGCCCUUCCUCGGCACGUGUCCCGACGUCGGCGUGAUGGCCGAUUUUAACCCCAGUCGGUACUUGGGCAAGUGGUACGAGGCGGAGCGGUACUUCGCGGUGUUCCAGCUAGGUGGGCGCUGCGUCACCGCCGACUAUAACGAAAAAGACAACGGCGUCAUUGGCGUCGUCAAUAAACAGCUCAGCAGCUUGACGGGCAUAAUGUCGGAGAUCCAAGGCGAGGCUCACCAAGUGUCCCGCUCCGAUGAAGGCAAGCUGUCGGUCCGGUUCCCCUCGCUUCCUUUCGCGUUCUCUGCUCCCUACUGGGUGGUGGACUCGGACUAUGACAACUACGCCGUCGUUUGGGGUUGCAAUGACUUCGGCGUGUUCCACACACGUAACGCUUGGAUCCUCACCAGAUCUAGAAACCCAGAGCUGUCAGUCCUCGAAAAGGCUUACGCUGUUCUGGACAAGAACAACAUCAGUCGCGCUUACUUCAUCAGAACCGAUCAGAAAAACUGCCCAGAAAAUGAGUAGAAUGAAUACCUUAGCUAGGUAUAUGUGGUAGAUGGUAUUUGGUGUAAAUGGAGGUAACAAAAGCAGGAAAGGAAGAUAUCGGUCCAGUU